AUGACCCUCGGGGAUUUGGAGGUCUGUCAAUUGACGACCUGCACCGUCGCCAGAUUGUCGCACCAGAAGCUCACCGCCGAGUUGCGAAACUGGUCUGCCCAAAUGUGCACGGCGACCACUAUGGGGAAUAGCUCGAGGAAAGUGAGGUCCCUCGUGAUCCCCCGCUCCGCCCAGUCACAUGGCCAUCGCUCUGCGCACCACCUGCCCCUCAGAUACAAGCCGAAGCCAAGGCCACCAGCUGCAUCUGACUGCACCUGGAAGUCUGCUUCGAGGAGCUGUAUCGCCCGCCAGAAGGAAACCCCGUUGAAGGAGUCCAGGAAGCACAACCACAGCCUCAUGUCCUCCCUCAUAGCUGCGGUCACCCUGAUCCAAAAAUGCGACGCUCCCUUCAGCCAGGCCAUGUGCCUCGUGGCCCAUCCAGAGCUCCUAUCCAGCACAUCCAUCCUCUCCGAGAUUGAGAGGCGGACUGAGCCGGCGCAGGUGCGCUGCCGGCUCCAAACUUCCGGUCCGCCCCCGGAAGUAGAAAAUGGCAAAGCAACCAUUUUCAUUGAGAGCCGUUCCCCAGCACUCUUCCUAUCCAAACUUAAUGGGGUAAACGAACACAGUUUAAUGACACUGCAGAGGUAUGGAAUGAAGCUGGAAAUCUAUCCCCAGAGGAUUGGGACUCAUAGUUUGGACAUCUAUGCCAAAUCUUCCAUAGACAAGAAAGAGGAGGAGUACAGUCAUGUGUUAGAAUAUUCCCUGAAGUGCAGCUCUGUCAACAAAAGCAUCCACUUGCCCAAAGCACUCAUCCAGCCUGUGGGGCCCAGCUGGCACAGCGAAGAGAAAGGGAUUCUGAGGGCCUCGCCCCUUGACCCAGUCAUCCAUACUGAUGAUGGGCGCUGUGUUGUCACUUUCACUCAGAGUGAAGACCUGGGUGUUUUUGCCACACUGGACUCUGAUAACAGCAGCGUGCCAGAUGCUACAAGGAGGCGACACAUCUGGAAAACCUGCCGAGGAAACCAGGUGGAGUUAAUGAUUCACCUCCCCCAUGCUGGUGACUUUGCUCUUCACAUCUGGGCAAAGCAAACAUCAGAUCUGGAUGGCAAUCACUGUGCCCUCAGCUACCUCCUCUCCUGUCCAAAUAAGAGUGUGAGCUGGUCAGUUUUCCCAAAGCGUUAUGCCAACUGGGAGGACAACUAUGAGCUGGUAGCACCUCUUUCUGGCAUAUUGCCAGCCAACUAUGAGGUUCAGUUCAAGCUCAGGCUUCCUGGCAUAGCCAAGGUCUCUGUUCAAUGUGGAAAGAUGUACCCACUGAGUCUCAGUCAAGAGGGCUUCUGGGAGGGAGCCUGUCUCACUUCUGGUGCCUCAAAGGUGCUUGUCUUGAUGUCCAAAGAUGCUGGUAAUACCUUCUGGUACUUGCUGGAGUACAAAGUGGAGAGUCACUAA